GGUGAAGCUGUGGGGUGGAGAGGGCCGAUAUGAGCCGAAGGUCCAAGCCAGCAGUUCGAGGGCAGCAGCAGAACACACCGUCCUCCCUCCUUGAGGACAAUGAGAACCAGCAAGUGUUCGAACUCUUGGGCAGAAAAUGCACGGCCAUGGUCACGACGGUAGCCCAGCUCUUCCUGGCUUUGCCUCAGGGCAGCAGAAGUUGGUCCAAGCAGGGCUGCGGGGUCCUGUGCUUCGUGAAGGAUAACCCGAAGCGUUCGUACUUCAUCCGCUUCUAUAAUCUUAAGAAUAGCAAAAUGAUCUGGGAACAGGAAUUGUACACCCAGCUAGUCUACACUUCCGCCACCUCCUAUUUCCACACCUUUCCAGGAGAUGAGUGCAAUGUGGGGCUGAACUUCACUGACCAGAAAGAGGCGUGUGACUUUCAGCAAAUGGUGGAAGAGAAGAUUCAGAAGAGGAACCAAAGGAUGGAUAACAGACAACUGCCACCUCCACCACCUCCAGUCAAUGGAGACAGAAGACCAAAUCUCCCACGGUCUCCAUCAUCUGGGGUUGACCUGAAUGGACCCAGUGUGCAGUCAGCCUCCCCCUCAUCUGCUUUGGCUCUGCCAACAGUAGACAUCCAGAAUCCAGACAUCACAUUUUCCCGCUACCGUGGACUCCCUGUUCCUACUGCAGUGGAUAAGAAGAAGGGGAAAAAGAAGAUUUCAAAGGCUGAUAUUGGUGCUCCAAGUGGGUUCAAGCAUAUCCAGCACAUCGGAUGGGACCCCAACAGUGGAUUUGAUGUGAAUAAUUUAGACCCUGAUUUGAAGACUUUCUUCUCCCAGGCGGGAAUUAGUGAAGCUCAACUGACGGAUGCUGAGACUUCAAAGAUUAUCUAUGAUUUCAUUGAAGGCCAAGGGGGACUGGAAGCUGUGAAGGAAGAGCUGAGACGACAGGGUCCAAGUCACCCCCCACCCCCACCUCCCAGUCGUUCAGGCCCUCUUCCACCCUUACCUGGGCAUUCCCGAGGUGGCCCUCCACCACCUGUCCCGGGGCCCCCACAUGCAGGUGCCCCUCCCAUAUCAAGCAGAGGAGCUGUUCCCUCCUCUCCACAGCCCGCCUGGGGAAAUUCCAGCCCCCAGUGGGGACCCCCUCCGCCUGCCUCUCGGCCUGGGACAAAUCGCCCUCCCCCACCCCCAGGUGGAUCGGCCCCUCCGCCCCCUCCCCCACCCCCACCCCCUCCCUUCAUGGGUUCUGCACCAUGCCCCCCUCCCCCUCUUCCCUCUGGGAGGCUUGGCACUCAGGGGACUCCGCCUGCUGCACCCUCCUCGGGCCGUGGUGCCCUGCUUGAUCAGAUACGCCAAGGAAUACAGCUCAACAAGACGCCAGAUGUGUUAGAGUCGCCACCGCCUGCUCAGAACCCUGAAGGCCUGGUUGGGGCUCUUAUGCAUGUGAUGCAGAAGAGGAGCAAGGUCAUUCACUCCUCAGAUGAAGAUGAAGACAAUGGAGAUGAAGACGAAGAUGAUGAGUGGGAUGACUGAAUCCAGAAAAGUUAUGACACAAAGCCUGAUCCUUCUGUCAGCCCGUAGCCAUCUGAAUUACUGUGGGCAUUUAAUCAGACUGCUACUCUGUUGUUGCCUGCCCCCACCCCAGUUUGUGCAGACCUUUCCAAAUGCCAAUAGCUUCAGGGGCAACACUGCUUUAGUUUAGGCAGCAGAGGGUCAUUCAUUUCCCAUCCUCCUUUCCAGCAUCACCUACAGGCCCAAGCAUAAUUCUCAUUCUAUUCCCUUGCCUGUGCACCUGGAUGUCUUUGACAGCCUUAGAAAGUGAGGCUGUAAUCCUACCUCUUCCAAACUCUCAGUCUUUACAAUGCCUCUUGUAAUCCCCUGCUCUAACUUUUUACAGCCAUAUUAUAUUUCACCCAACCCCCUCAUCAUCCUUUUCAUUCCCAGGGCCAUUUAAUAGCAUGUUGUUGUUUUUAAAUGGCUUUCUUUUUGAGGCAAAUUUGCAGGCAUGAAGAUGAUAGGAAUGUAAGCAAAACCUCUCUCUUAUAACCUGUGCAUUGUUAACUCACACUGAAUCUUAGACGUCUGAAUUUUUGCACACCUUUCUAAAGAAUGUUUUCUAUUGCUUUUCAACAUUAGAAGUGGACAAAGGGAGGAAGCAAUCUCUAAAGUUGAAGACAGGUACACAUAUAAACCUUCAAACAUGGCAGAAUGGUUUGAUCAUAGCAUGACUAAAAGAGCAAAUGCCACAUUUGAUCCUAAAGGUUCUAACCUUUAAAAAAAGUAUUAUUGCAGAGUUACGUAUUGGAAACAAAAGCAUUUUCAGUGGCUUGGAUUCUAAAUUGCAUUCAUAGAUUUCUGCUAACUCUCUCCUUGAUCCCACUCCAUUUCCAAUGGCCUGGAGCACCCAGGAGCAGAGUUUUGGAGGGCAUAGUAUGCUGUAGACUGAGGAAAGGGGAGAGUGGGAAAACCCCAUUCUGUGAAGUGUUCAGGGAAGGGAGACUUGGCUUGGAUCCUAAAAUGCCAACUUGACAAAAAUAAAAUAUAAACUAAAAAUAAUUUGGAAGAUCACAGCACAAAUAAAUACCUAUGCCACUUAAUAUGAAGUAAGUGGAAAUUAUUCAGCCAACUAGCUCUACACAGGAAAUCCCGUUUCCACCCUUGGUAUUUUUGUACUCUUGAUAACAGUUUAGCAACAUUUUUUUUUUUUUAGCUCCAGCACAUGUACAACCGUAAUCUUUCAGGUUUAGAGACAUGCUACAUUUCUACUUCUAGCUCAUAAUUGUGUGCAUAUCCUGAUAAUAUAACUACAUUACAAAUUUAUAUUGGUUUUGUACCAGUUUAAGUGGUAUGGGUUCCCACACACGCACUGCCAUUAGCCCCGAAUAAAGUUAGAGAUUUUUCUUUUCCAGAACUACAACUGUGAGAAUGUUUUGGUCAAGAUUACAGCUGGGGUGAGAAGCAUUGAAUUUUCCUUCUCUGAAUGCUGCAGUCUCAAUAAAAAUUGUGAGGAGCUGGCAAACUUUUUUUUUUUUUAAAGAAGAACAGUCCUGACAUGCUUCCUAAUAAUAACAUUUUUGCAUCCUGUUUUGUUUCUCUCACAAUUUCCCUGACCUUUUUUCUUUAGACAAUCUCUCACUGUUGCCUUUACUGGCUAAGGAAUUGGCAUGAUGAGAAUUGCCAUCCAGCAAUACCUGAAGGGCUACAAGUGGCCCAUCCCUGGCUUAAAUCCUUCUCUCUGCAUAUUGGCUCAACUGCUAUCAAGUUCACUGUGUAAGCUCAUUAAACAGGUGUGUUGUCCUUUAAAUGUCAUUCUCUCCUCAGUCACAAAUGGACUUUUGUUCUUGUGCAUACUUUUUCCUGAGCAUGGGCACCUGCAGGAAUUUUCCCAGCUGUGUGUGUGUACAUCUGCAUGCAUGGAGACUUUGCAAAAAUACAGUGCUAUAUGAUUAUGUCAA